AUGGGACUAAUAUCUUUUCUAUUUACUUUCGCUAUUGGGUUCAUUAGCCCUUUCUUGCUAAUUGCCUUCGUCUUUCAAUACGUCCUCCGCAAUGUCUCUGACGAACCAGAAAUUGAGGAGACUCCAAUCAAGGCAGGAGAGAUUGAAGAAAAACACCAAUCAGGAUUGGAGAGCUUUAAAAAUGGGUGGCUAUUUGUCACCAAUGAGUAUAUUGAAAGCACCGAUGAAAUCAAUCGCAAUACCACCUCAAUAACGGAGUCCCCAGAAAAUAGAUCAGCCAUAUCCUCCUUGUACAAAUUGGUUAAUCGAGAGCAGCAGCAGCAGCAGCAGCAGCAGCAACAGCAACAGAGACGAAAACAGGAUCAAGUGGCAGAAGAGCCUGACUCAGACGCAUAUGACGAGAGAGAUGAUGUUUCGAUAACUGACGCUGCAUCUAUCAGUUCACAACACACCAAUACCACCACGGGAGUCGGCAGCAGCGCUACCACCACUCAGCAACUGCUUCACCCUCCACCUCCUGCAUCCUCUACUCAACAACCUCCAAAUCAAAUUAGACAGUCAUUGAAAAAGCACCGUUACUUCGGAGUACUAAAACACGGCAACUUGUUUUUAUAUAAAGACCAAACAGUCAAGGAUGUUAAGCAUGUCAUUGUUUUGGGAAAUUACUUUGUCAGUAUUUGGCCCCGAAAUUUACCUGAGCCGCUGUUGUUUACCAAAUACACAGCAAUAGCUUUGAUUAAUGUGAACAAGUUGUCCGAUUUGAAUCAACUGUCUAACAAAGCACCAAGCGGAAGCUUCUUCAUCUAUUGUGACACAAACAGUGACAAGGAAGAUUGGUAUUUUGCCUUGAUUCGAGGAACCAAGUUAGAGUCUUCAAAUACCUCAUCAUCGAUACCUGCAAGCCUAAGUCCACAAACGCAUGCUCGAACGUUACACUUUUCCACAAAGGAAAUGAUCAACUUAAUACAAGCAUUGUAUAGUUCUGAAGGACACUUGCAAACCAAAUGGAUGAAUGCAUUGAUAGGAAGAUGGUUUUUGGCUAUCAAGAAUACCAAGUUUUUUGAAAACUACAUCUAUACCAAACUUAGCAAGAAAUUGAACAAAAUCAAAAAGCCUGGAUUCUUUGAUGAAUUUCAAAUAACCGAUAUUCAACCAGGUAGCUCAGCUCCUUUUUUCACAUACCCUAGUUUGAAGGAGAUCAACCCGGAUGGUACUUUAGUCAUUGGUGCUCAUGUAUCAUACAAUGGAGGAUUGUCAAUCACAAUUGCCACCAAGUUGGACCUUACUUUUGGCACCAAAUUUACUUCAAGGGAAGUUGACUUGGUGUUGAAAAUCUCCUUGGUCAACCUCGAGGGCCCAAUGUUGAUCAAAUUGAAACCCCCACCAAGCAAUCGAUUUUGGUAUUGUUAUGAAGUUGAACCAACUUUGAAUUUCCAAAUUGAGCCGAUAUUAAGCUCAAAGUCUUUAAACUACUCAUUCAUCACCAGCUCAAUUGAAAAGAAGUUUAAGGAAGCUGUAAAGGAAAGCUUGGUUAUGCCAUAUUGGGAUGAUAUCGAGUUUUUCAAAACCGAACAUGAGCUAUAUCGUGGUGGUAUUUGGAAACACGGUUCAGAUGAGGAUAAGGAGCUGGUAAAAACCGAUGAUGCCGUUUCCCAAGACGACUUUACUUCGGAAAGUAACACGAUUGAUGAAGCAUCGGUUCAAUUAUCGGAGUCUGAUUUCAAGUCCAAUUCGAAAAAAUCGUUACGUAGAAUGGGAUCGACGUUUAAUGAUUUUACGAAAAAGAUCAAAAACAAGUCCAGCUCACCCCUGUUGAAUGAGUUUCCCACAACCGGAACAACAAACAACACAAGAGCCUCAAGUAGGGGUCCUCCCAACGCUGCUGCUACCGCUGAUGGUAAUAGUGCAGCUAGCAAUGGCUUACUAAAGAGAAUUGGGAAAUGGUACUUUAAAGACGACUACAAAGAACAUUCUAGUCGUGGAAAUGAUGCUACUGUGGCAUCUGUGAAGACAACGUCGCUGGCAGUCACAUCUCCUGUGAUUGGAUCCACAUCAGUGGAAACCUAUCAUCCACCAGAAAUGAUUUCGAAUAGGAGAGGUCGCAAGUCCUUAAGUGUGUCAUCAUCGGGGAAAGAUAAGAGUGCUAUUAAUAAUCACAAUGGCAAUGGAAAUGGAAAUGGAAGUGGAAGUGGAAACAGAACCGCAGUUGCCAGUGCGCGUGCAGGAAAUACAACACCAGUCGCAGUAUCCACGGCUCCAGUAACAGCACUGUCUGUUCUCGCACAGCCCCCAAAAAGUUCGUCUUCACCACCAAGAAUCCGGUCACCAUCAUUCAAUUUCGCUCGUGCUGAAUAUAUGAACGAGCCACCAUUGGUUUCAGCUAUCGUUGGAAGAAGCAAUUCCGAAACACAUACUCCCAAGAGACAUUCUAAAUCAAACAGUGGUGUUACUGCUGCUCAAUUGGCAUCAUCGACUGCAUUUGCUCAGUCGUUACAAAACAUGCCCAACUCGCCAAGUGUGGAACAAGUGGGUACUUUUGCCAAUGACACCGCCCACGAGUCGAAGGACCCUGGGUUGGUAUUUGGAGCUGGAACUAAUGGCAGUGAUGACAAGAAUGACGAUUUAAGCACAUUGCUAUCGGCGGAACCUACUGUCGCAUUAUCUCAACCUACUUCGCCAAGUCGAUCCAAAACAGUUCGAAAAAAACCACCACCAAUUGACGAUAUAGAUGAUGGUAGUAUGUAG